AUCCAAGCUGCAAGUUUACGAACGAAAAUUAAAAGCGCGCCGUGAUUCGUAUUGUGGUUGUGUUUAAAAUCUCACUUUACAACAAUAAUUAAAAUGGUAGAAGAGCUGAAUUUGAGCAAACUGGUGUCCAAUAUAGUCGUAGCGAAAACUUAUAGCAAUUGCAGGUUAUGCUUAGCAGAGAUCAAGGAACAAUACAUGCGAUUUGAGGACUCGGUUACACUGGACUCUGAGAAUUUCCAGCCUUUAUCUGAAGUACUUAGCCAGGUUUUGGGAUUACAAGAUGAGGUGGCCGAAGAACUGUCUGGUCUGGAGGCUGUCUGCAUCACCUGUGUCGAGAAUACUCUUCAAACUGCCAAGUUCCUGCAGCAAUGCAAGGAUUCCACUAAGAUCCUGUCCAAUAUACUGGACCAUUUGUCCAAUACACUCAACAUUGACAUCGAGAAUCCAUCCGAAAACCAAAAGUUGUACAUCACUGUUGGUGAAAACGAAUCUGAACUUGUAUUACAGGAGGAAGACAGAGAGACACCAAGAAGAGGCAACAGUAAAAAUAAAUUUGAAUGUAUGGAGUGCAAUGAAUGGUUUAAUUCAUUCGCUGAUUUAAAAUCGCACAAUAUAACAUAUCAUUCCAGUUUGACCUGUGAUAAGUGUUUCGAAUUGUUCCCGGACGAAAAAGAGCUAAAAUUUCAUUCCUCCCACAAACACAAGCAUAAAUGCCCUUCGUGUCCUCAGUACCGCACUAAUGAGAAGGCUCUGAAGGAGCAUAUUGACCGAGCACACAGCACAUACAUGUGCAAGAGCUGUGGCAAGGCAUGCAAAGGGCUGGACAAGCUACACAUGCAUGAACAGAGCCACAGUUCGAUCAGCGAAUGUCCCAAGUGCGGAAAGAAAUACAGAGUCCAUCAGUUCUUCUUAAAGCACACAAAACUAUGCAUUGAAGGUCUGCUUGACCCGCACCCAACACGCAGUGAGUUAGAAAGAGCUUUUUCAUGCGAGAAAUGUGGAAAAAGCUACAGUACACCGGGAGGAUUGCGAGUUCACAUGCGUUUUGAGCAUGGGAAUGCCAAGCAUCACAUCUGUGAUUUCUGUGGCAAGAGGUUCACAGCUCCCAGCUACCUAAAAGUCCACAUGAUAAAGCAUACUGGAGAAAAGAACUUCACAUGUGAUAUUUGUGGGAACAAGUUUGUGUCCAAAGAAGCUUUGCUCUACCACACGAGAAGACAUACUGGAGAGAAGCCCUACUCUUGCAGAUACUGUGAAGAGAAGUUCGUCAAUGCGUCUUCAAGAGCGGAACACAUAAAGUUCAAACACAUAGGGCCCCAGCUCCAGUGCGAUAUCUGCAUGCGUAAGUUUGUAACUGCAUUCUUCCUGAAGAAGCAUAAAGAAAGACAUCACGAUCCAAGGAGCAAACUGUACCAUGCGAGGUUUGCCAGCGAUGGCGUUGCUGUAGGGAGUUACUUGAAUGAAGUGAAAGAAUGAAAAUCUAAAGACUUACUUAAGUGAACUUAUUGUUUUUUACAUGAAUAAAGUUGUGAUGAAUUUAUAUUUCUUA